AUGGUGCAGGUUGACUCUUUAAAGGACGAUCAAAUUAAUAGUCAUUUGUUACAAGAAUUUAUUCAUAAAAUUGAUGCUAAUUUAGUAAUAGUUGAGAAUUUUGAUGCAAGCAUUUGUGAAAUUGCUGCUGAAGAUAAACUAGAUAGUAUUAUGCAAGCAGCAAGAGAUUAUCAUUAUGAGAUACAGAAAACUCUGUCAGAAUUUAGAGUAAAAUUUGAUAAUUUGUUUGGAGACAACAUAAUUGAUCAAGUAAUAGGUGAAGUUUUGAACACUUCUGAAGUAAAAUCUCUUAGUGAAGUAGAAUCUUUGGUUAGAUCUUUGAAUAAUAAAUUCAUUGACUUGAAGGGACUUGGUAUAGAUCUGAUUGAAGUUGAUUCGGCUGCUCUAUUGCUAAUUAGCAAAAUUGUAAAUAGGAAACUUCCUAGAAAUUUUUUGAUAGAACUCUCUAGAACUACAGGAUCUUCUUAUCCUAAUUUUAACCAGUUGUUAGAUAAUUAUCAGAGUAUUAUUGCACGCCUUAGUUUAGGUCACAAUGAAAAUUCUGGCGCAAAACCUAAAGUUAAAUAUGAAGGUUAUUCUGUAUGUAAUAAUUACCCAGGAAGGAAUUCUGAAAUUGUAAAUAUAUUAGGUAUCCUAGGGAAUGAUAUCCUUCAGGAAUUUAGUCAGUUAGAUUUAGACUCUGUAGAGUUAUUUAAUAUUAAGGUUAGAGUAAUUAAGUUGGCCAAUGGGGUUAUUCCAUUUGGUACAGUAGUCAAUUUAGUUCAUCCUUCACAAAGGAAGCUUUUUUAUGAGAGAAUUGAUUCUUAUGAACCUUGUGUUAGAGAUAAACCAAUAAGAGAGGUAGAGUCUUGUCCUAUAAUUAAUAGUAAUAAAAUCUUGGAAAAUAGACCAAGAGUUACUGAGCGGAUUUACUCUAAAUUAGAAGAUCAGAAUAUAUCCUCUAAAUAUGAGGAAGUUUUUGAUAGACAGGAGGAGCUUGGCAUUAUUGAGCCUGUUAAAAAUAGAGCCGCAGGCCAAGUAUUCAUUCCUCAUCGUCCUGUCAUAAGAAAUGAUGAAAAUGCCACCACUAAAAUCCGUCCUGUAUUCAAUUGUAGUUUAAAGGUGGGAAAAGCUCCUUCAUUAAAUGAAGCCGCUUUUCCUGGUAUUGAUUUGAUGAACAACUUGUUGUCAUUAGUUUUGUAUUUCAGGAAUAAUGAUUAUGUAGUUGUAGCUGAUAUAGUGAAGGCUUUUCUCCAAGUUAGGUUAUCUUUAGAGUCUGAUCGAAAUAGAUUUUGUUUCUUUAGAAAGAUAAAUGGGAAGUUUGUUGCUUAUAGGUAUAAUACCAUAAUUUUUGGAUUUGUAAGUUCUCCUUUUAUAUUGAAUUAUAUUAUUCAACAUGAUUUGUCUAGUUAUAGAGGGAAUGAAGUAGCUUCUCUGAUUAAAGACAAAUUUUAUAUGGAUAACUUGGUGCUCUCUUCUAAUCAGGGAGCCCAGUCACCAUUUAUUAUCAAUUCUAUUAAGGAAAUCAUGAAUUCAGGGGGGUUGCCUUUACGGGAGUGGGGUUCUAAUUGUCCUGCUUUGUUAUCUACUCUUGAUGAAGAUGAAAAGGUAGCUUCUUCUGAAAUGAAGAUUUUAGGAUAUAUUUAUGACUCUAACCAGGAUACCUUACAAUUAAAGGUUAAGCAAUUGUACAAGGGUGCUUCCUCAAAGCGUCAGAUUUUGUCAGCUUUGUCUUCUGUCUUUGACCCUAUUGGCAUAUUUGCACCUAUAAUGCUGCAGGGCAAGCUUAUUAUUCGUAAGUUGUGCCAGCAAGUUUUGAACUGGGAUGAAACAGCAUGUGCUGAAAUUGCUAUGUUAUGGAGUAAAUUUUGCAGUUCUUACAGUGAGGUUAGUCAAGCUUCUUUUUCCAGACAAACUUAUAAAACUGAUGCUCCUAUCAAGCUGUUUUUGUUUGCAGAUGCUUCGAAGGAAGCUUAUGGUUGUGCUAUGUAUGCUGUGCAAGGUGGUCAUAGUUCCCUGAUAUUUGCUAAGACUAAGGUUAGCCCUAUUAAGGAGAAAACUCUCCCAACUUUAGAACUUUUUGAUAGCCAAGUAGUUCUUAGUUGGAUUCUUACUAAUAGGGCUCCUAAGAGAAACACAUUUGUGAAUAAUAGGUUGAAGGAAAUUUCUAAUCUGUUAGAUAGGAUUUCUGAUAGAUUUUGUAGAGUUUCAUUAGCUUAUAUUCCUUCAUCUAGCAAUCAGGCUGAUUUACUUACUAAACCUUGUACUUGUAAGUAUUUUCUUGAAAAUUUCAGUCUUUGGAUCAAAGGGCCUUCUUGGUUGAAUUCUCCUGACGAGUGGCCUAAGGGUCUUUUGGGUUGUAUUCCUGAUAAUGUGAAGGGUGACUUAAUUUCUCCUGUAAUGUUUCCUAAAAAGGAACCUCUUGUAAAUAUUAGUAAUUUUUCUAGUUUUUCUAGACUUAUAAGUAUAGUUUCUAAGGUAUUUACUGUUGUAUAUAAGUUUAGGAAAAUUCAAGCUGACCCUGUUGAGGCAGCUUCUAAUUACCUUCUAAGGUUAAUGCAAGAGGAAGCUUUUCCUCUUGAAUUAUCUUAUCUAAAGAGUAGAAAUUCUUUAGUUGAGGUUCCACCUUUAGUUCGGCAGUUUAAUUUGUUUCUGGAUGAUAAUGGUAUAAUGCGAACUAAAGGUCGGAUUGACAAAAACAUUACUUUAAAAUUUGAUAUUGUCAAUCCUAUUCUUGUGGAUAAGAAGCAUCAUUUGACCCGGUUGUUGAUUUAUUAUGCCCAUUGUAAGUCUAUGCAUAUGAGUUUGCAAUCCACUCUUAGUUUUUUGCGCAUGCAUGGUUUGUGGAUUGUGAAGGCUAGGCAAGCAGUUUUGUCUGUCCUUAAGGAUUGUAUUGUAUGCAAGCGUUAUAAUGCUAGCACAGUGAAGUAUCCUUCUCCUUCUUUGCUUCCUUUUUCCAGGGUUAAUUUGAGUGUGCCUUUUGCUCAUACUGGUGUGGAUCAUACAGGCCACUUAUGGUUGAGGGAGAAAAAUGGAGAAAAACUUAAGGCGUACAUUCUUAUUUUCACUUGUUUCAAUACAAGAGCAAUACAUUUGGAAGUUGUCCAGUCUAUGUCAACCUCGGAAUUUAUAUUAGCUUUCAUUAGAUUUUCUAAUAGGUUUGGUGUUCCUGUUGCUGUUUAUUCAGAUAAUGCCAAGUCCUUUGUUCAGGCUGGUAAUAUAAUUGAACAGUUACUUACUUCUUCUGAGUGUGAGGAGACGUUUAGGGUCGCUUCAAUUUCUCAUAAGACUAUCCCUGUGUACGCAGCGUGGUACGGUGCUGUUUGGGAAAGAUUAAUUAAAACAAUUAAGCAUUGCCUUUUUAAAACUCUUGGUAGAUUUACUCCUUCAUUUUCUGAAUUUGUCACUUUCCUCUCUGACAUUCACAAAAUUUUGAAUAAUAGGCCUUUAACUUAUAGAUCUUGUGAAAAUGAGAUAGAUAUAAUUUCUCCUAAUCAUUUCUUGGUUGGCAAAUUUAUUCCUUCAUUAAUAUUUGGUGAUUCUGAACAAGUUCCUGAGUGGGAGUAUGGUGAGGAGGAUCAGUAUUCUUCUCUCCUUGCUCGUACUUUGGAAACUAGGGAUGGACUUUAUGAAAGCUUUAAGGAAAGGUGGCUUUCUGAAUAUUUAGUAAGUUUAAAAGAAAAGGAUAGAUCUUCUUUUCAUCCUCCAAGAAAAUGGGAAAAAGGGGAAAAUGCUCUCUUUAAAUUACCUUCCAAAUCUAGAACUUAUUGGCCACUGGUUAGAAUUGUUGAAACAUUCAGUGAUAACGAAGGUGUUGUACGUACUGUUCGUAUUGUUAAGCCUGAUAAAAGUGAAAGUGAAAUUAAUGUUAGUUUUUUAAUACCUUUAGAAUUAUAUUCUGAGCUUAAUGAUCCUAAUUUAUAUGUUCAAAUUGAAGAACAAGAAGAAAAUAUUAGUGAGUUGGAGACAGAUGAAAUACCUGACACUGGAACAUCUUUGCCCAAUGAAACAUCUACUAGGCCUACCCGUAGUGCUGCUCUUGCCUCCAGAAACCUAAUAAGAAGUUUAGCUCGGGAGGGUAGAUUGUAA